AAAUGGUUGAAGUUUGGUUUGGUUGGCUUUGGGUUUAUUCCCACCUCAUCAAAUAAAGCCAACGCUCCCCACGACCAUUCCAACGCCCUUUCCCUUGUUUCCUCCGCCCCUCCAUCGCCCUUCCCCUCUUAUAUCUACCUCUCUCUUUCUCUUCCUUCUUCACUUCCCAUUUUCUCUUCUUUUCCCAUCCCAUUGAGAAGAAAAAAAAGAAGGAAGAAAAUGGCUACUGCUUUCUCAGCACCCAAGUUGGCUGCUCAACCUUUCAGCACCAUUUCCCCAAGUUCUCAAGACAGACCUCUCAAAAUCCCCUUCCUCGGAUCCACCCGCAAACUCCGCUGCCUCGGUUCCUCCCGAUUGAAUCUCAGCCGUCGACCUUCUGGGCCCGUCGUCGCCGUCUCUGAUGUCGUCAAGGCAAAGAAACCCACACAGAAUCCCAGCUUGUUGAUUACGAAAGAUGAAGGGUUGGAAUUGUACGAAGAUAUGGUAUUAGGAAGAGCAUUUGAAGAUAUGUGCGCCCAAAUGUACUACAGAGGCAAAAUGUUUGGUUUCGUCCACCUUUACAACGGCCAAGAAGCUGUUUCCACUGGUUUCAUUAAGCUCUUAAAGCAGCAAGAUUCCGUCGUUAGUACUUAUCGCGAUCACGUGCACGCCUUGAGCAAAGGCGUUCCCUCCCGUGCCGUCAUGAGUGAACUCUUCGGCAAGAGCACCGGAUGCUGUCGCGGCCAAGGUGGGUCGAUGCAUAUGUUCUCCAGUGAGCACAAUUUGAUUGGUGGGUUUGCUUUUAUCGGUGAAGGGAUCCCCGUUGCCACGGGCGCGGCCUUUAGCUCCAAGUAUAGGAGGGAGGUUUUGAAAGAAGCUAAUUGUGAUCAUGUCACAUUGGCGUUUUUCGGGGAUGGGACUUGUAACAAUGGACAGUUCUAUGAGUGUUUGAAUAUGGCGGCGUUGUGGAAAUUGCCCAUCGUGUUUGUUGUUGAGAACAAUUUGUGGGCUAUUGGGAUGUCUCAUUUGAGGGCUACUUCUGAUCCUCAGAUUUAUAAGAAAGGACCAGCUUUCGGGAUGCCCGGUGUUCAUGUCGAUGGAAUGGAUGUUUUGAAGGUGAGGGAAGUGGCUAAGGAGGCAAUCGGCAGGGCUAGGAGAGGUGAAGGUCCUACACUGGUGGAAUGUGAGACUUACAGGUUUAGAGGACAUUCGUUGGCUGACCCCGAUGAGCUUCGUGACCCGGCUGAGAAAGCUCACUAUGCUGCAAGAGAUCCCAUCACUGCCCUGAAGAAGUACCUCAUCGAGAACAACCUGGCUGGUGAAGCAGAGUUGAAGGCCAUAGAUAAGAAGAUAGAUGAGUUGUUAGAGGAUGCUGUUGAGUUCGCUGAAGAAAGCCCCCUUCCUCCUCGGAGCCAGCUGCUUGAAAACGUUUUUGCGGAUCCAAAAGGUUUUGGAAUCGGCCCUGACGGCCGGUAUAGAUGUGAGGACCCGAAGUUCACAGAAGGCACUGCUCAUGUCUAAGCUUUCAAAGCAGAAAGGUAAUCAAACUAUUGAUGCUCACUAUACAUGGUCACAUAUACUUGGUUUGUGCUGGAGGUCUCUUUCUCACUUCAAUUUAGUGCUCAUUGUGUACCAAUUAUGACAUAAUAAUGAAUAAUAGAAUCCAUACGUUCUA